CAAGCCGAGUGGCCGUUUACCCCUGAAAUGCUUGCUUUGCCACUCUGCUCUGCCGGCACUGAGGGGCGUGUGGGGUUACGCUGAUCGAGGAAGCAGACGCGAGAGACACGAGGAACACGAGAAACACGAGCUCAAGUCUUCUAGCCUUAACCCAGGGAUAUAACACGAGUGUGAAUCUGAAAUCCUUAACUUACUGAGUUUCGUGGUGUUUCGAAGAUGAAGUCCUUCAUCUUUUUGCUCGGCUACCUUGCCUGCUUUGCCCGCUGCGUCCCAACCCACGACCCGGGAGCACGCGACUACGAAGGGACUGAAAUUCCCAACUGGCAUCCUCCUCGCCCAAACGACUUCCGCGGCCCCUGCCCUAUGAUGAAUACCCUCGCCAACCACGGUAUCCUGCCACGCGACGGUAGGAACAUCACCAGAGAGGUUAUCGUCAAGGGGAUGAAGCAAGCCCUCAACUUCGACUCUGCCCUCGCAACCAUCAUGUUCGAUCAGGCCGUCAUCGCCAACCCCGAGCCUAACGCCACCUACUUCACGCUCGAUCACCUGAACCGGCACAACGUGCUCGAGCACGACGCCAGCCUGAGCCGUACCGACGCCUUCUUCGGCAGCAACCGCGUCUUCAAUCAGACCAUCUUCGACCAGACGCGGCGCUACUGGCCCGAGCCCGUCAUCACGGCAGCGCACAUGGCCAACGCCAAAGUGGCGCGCCAGAUCGACUCCAAGGCGUUCAACCCGACCUACCGGUUCACAGACGCUGUCGAGCGCUUUAGCCUGGGCGAGAUGGCGGCGCCGUUUGUCGCGUUUGGAGAUCUGGAGAAGGCUACGGUGAAUCGGACGUUGGUUGAGUACUUUUUUCAGAACGAACGGCUGCCGACGGAGCUAGGGUGGCGUGUCAGGGACGAGGUCGUCCAGGUUGAAGCCAUUUUGAGAAUCUCGGACUUGAUUGGCAAGGCCACCGGCUUGUUGACAGUGGAUGAGUCUGCCGGUAACGGCACGACAAAGAAGCUGCCGAGGGGAUUCCACGCCGGUGUGCGAAGCGAGUUGUGACGCCUCAAGCCAGGCAAGGUAAUGGAGAGAUGAUGUUGAGAUGCUGAGUCUGGUGGAACCACGAUCAUAAUUAGGUUCUUCAAGUUUUGCAGCAGGUAUUGCCGGGGUGGGAGGCUGUAGUGUUAUGGGGGUUGGCUAUGCAAUCCUGAAAAUGAGAGAUGCCCGAUUGCUUUGAGCUACACGUAACUAACCCCGUCGGCUCCGAUGGAGGUUGUCGGACAUCAUUACACUCAACUGAG